AUGUUAAUUAAAUUCAUUAAUAUUACUUUUCAACUUCCCCCAACCAAAAUAUUACCAACAUUUAUCAUUAAAUUUAUAUAUCUUUUAUUAUUCUAUAUAUUCUUCUCUCUUAAUAUAUUCCAAUUGCCUCUUUCUAUUUUUCAUAUCAUUCAAUUAAUCUCUAUGAUAGAACUACAACAUAUUCAUUUCACUGUUUUAUUCACUUCUCUUUAUGAACUUUUUCUUUUUCUCCUUAUUUCUAUUAUUUAUCUUUUCUUUUAUCUCAUUUUUAUUUUUCCUAUCUUUAUUCUUCUUUUUUAUUUUAUUUUAUUUCUUUAUAUCUCCUAUUUAUUCUUAUCUUUCUAUCUUUUUCUCUUUUUCUUAUCUUUUUAUUAG